AUGACAAAGAUCAGACCACCGACUCAUGCGGGAACAUGGUAUUCAGCAAAUCAUGAUACCCUCUCUAAACAAUUGACGAAAUACUUCUCCAAAGCACCUAAGUUCGAAAGAGGCGCUAGGGUCAUUGUAGGCCCACACGCUGGCUAUACAUACUGUGGUGAACGUCUCGCUGAGUCAUAUAGUGUAUGGGACUUGACGAAUACGAAAUGCGUUUUCAUUCUUGGUCCUUCUCAUCACGUUUAUUUCAAAGAUAAGGUACUUGUUUCUCAGUACGAUGCAUAUGAAACUCCUUUGGGAAAUAUAAAGGUGAAUACAGGUAUCCGUGAUGCUCUUAUAGGUCUGGGUAAGGGUUGUGGUUUUGAAAAGAUGUCAGAGUCAGUGGAAGAUGAUGAGCACCUGUUCGAGAUGCAUUUGCCUUUUUUGGCUUGGCGGUGCAAACAAGAUCAGGUUUCACCACCAAAAAUCGUUCCGAUCAUGUUCUCUUCUCUAUCUGAAAAGGCCUGCGAAAAGGUUAUAGCUGCUCUUCUGCCCUACUUUAGUGAUGAUAGUUAUACUUUUAUUGUGCUGUCUGAUUUCUGUCAUUGGGGUAAGCGCUUCGGGUACACAGAAUAUGUCGCAAGUGGCGACUUAGAUGAUUUGGUCCCAUUUCAUGAGUCAGACGAUCGCUCAGUUCCAAUAUAUGAGUCCAUCAAGUUUUUGGACCAGUCUGCAAUGCUUAUAGCCUCUGAGGGCUCGCUGGAGAAAUGGAGCAGGUACAUCAAAGAAACAGGAAACACAAUAUGCGGCCAAAAACCCAUUAAUGUUGUUUUAAAAUUAAUCGAGGAGCUACAGCGUAGUGGCGGUAGAACGGCAUCGAGCACUGUGUUCGAAUGGAUUGGAUACUCACAAAGCGGAAAGGCCAUCAAGUACUCUGAUUCAAGUGUCUCAUAUGCAUCUGGGUACGUCAGACUAUUGCCCUCUGCAAACACAAGUGUCGUGAAGGGUUAG